CUCAGUACUACCGCGUACCGCGUACCGGGUGAGCUGAUACUGCAUUUACCUGACAACACCGCGAGGUAGUAGCAGCGAAAAUUCACCCUUGGAUUUGUUGGAUUGCGGAUGCACACAAUGUCCACAUAUAAGCUGGUAUAUUUCCCGGUAAGAGGGCGCGGGGAAAGCAUUCGUUUAUUGUUAAAAGACAAUAAGAUCGACUACGAGGAAGAGAACUGUCGAGAUGGAUGGGUAGAAAAGUAUAAACCACAAAUGCCACUUGGCCAAGUCCCCCUUCUCUGUGACGGAGAUUACAAGCUAUCGCAGUCUUGUGCUAUUCUAAGAUAUUUAGCUAGAAAACAUGAUCUAUACGGAAGUGACGUCAAAGAACAAGGACUGAUGGAUAUGAUAUGCGAUGGCUCUGAAGAUCUAAGAUCGAAGUACCAAACUAUGAUCUAUACUAAUUAUGAGAACGGCAAACAACCUUAUAUUGCGAAACUGCCAGCGGAAUUGGAAAAGUUUGAGAAGCUGCUUAGCAAGAACAAUGGAGGACAAACUUACAUGGUCGGUGACAAG